UUAUGUAUGAAAUAAAUAGGCUUAAAGGCAGACAUCAAAAACGUGGUGACAUAACUCUUCCAGGAACACCUCAGUGCCUCGAUAUUAUUGGAGACAAACUGUGUGUUGGCUUCCAGUCUUCCUUUUGCAUGUAUUCUCUCCGUUCUGAUACAGCACCAGUCUGUUUGAUUAAUUCUGACUGCAGUUCUCUUUCUUAUCUUGCACAUAAUGCAAUGGAUGCAUUAGUAUCUGUGGAACUUUCUAAUAAUGAAUAUUUACUUGUAUUUACUCAUCUUGGAGUAUAUGUUGAUUCACAAGGUAAAAAGACAAGAGAACGUGAAUUAAUGUUUCCAGCAAUACCAGUUGCUGUCAGUGUUUCUGAUGGUUAUCUCUGCACUUAUAGUGAAACUCAUAUAGAUGUGUUUGAAAUAGCUACUGGAGAUUGGAUCCAAACUAUUAGUUUAAAAAAAGCAAAACCUUUAUGUCGAACAGGAAUUAUUGGAUUUGUUUUAGCUGCAGAUCUUCCUCAUAUAAUUUAUCUUCAUAAUAUUCAUUUUCAUGAAAAUUUAAUACGGGUUCCAGAACAUGGAGGAGGACAACUUCGUGGUCGAACAGCUAAAGCUGUUCUUGCAAGAACAAGGCGUCGAUUCUCAAUGAGAGAGCCAGAUAAAACAAAUAAAUCUACUACAGAUAGACGUUCACGAAUUAUUUCUGGGCCUACAAAUUUCAAUCAUAUUUCCCACAUGGGACCUGGACAGGGUAUACAGUUACAAAAACUUAUAGAUAUUCCUAAGGCUCAACAGAUUGUAUCAAAUCAAGAUGAUAAAAUGCAACAAACAAAACAAGUUAUUAGUAAAGUCAGUAAUCAAAAAAGUCAUCCAGUUACAGAAUUACACCAAGUAAUGAAUACAGUUCAUCAGGCUUCUAAUGGUGUUCCUUUGACAAAAUGCUCCAUAGCUAAUUACAGUCAUGGUCAUCGACCACCAUCUUCAUUAACAGCAGUUUCACCUGACGGUUCAUUAUCAUCUCAAGAACACUCUAUUCACAGCUUGAGUCAUCAGACAAUUGGAUCUGGACAUGACGAGCAGUCAAGUCCUCGUCAUUCUAUAGCAUCAAAUAACAGUUCUACUCUGAGCUCUCCUCCAAGUCCAGGUGAACAUAGGGAUCAAGGAUCAUCCAGUUAUGAAUCUCAGAGUUAGAUAAAUCUUAAAGAAGUAGAAUGUAUGUUUAGAAAAAUUUACAAAUGCCAUACAGAAAGAAAGAGAAAGAAAGAGUAGUAAUAGAAAACUGCUCAUAGUACUAUAUGUAUCAUAGGGGACAAUAAAAUAAUAGACUUCAUGAAAACCAAUGAGCAUACAAUGCAGAAAAUCAUAACACCUGGACAAUAAAUGUAUCCAGCACAUAUAACAAUGAUGCACUUGCUCUUCAUGCAGUGUCUUUUCUCUGAAAUAUCAGAAAGGUUUUAUUUGAUUGUACUGAAAGAUGUUUAAAUGACCAAACACUGCCAGAAAAUUUGGUGGUGCUACAGAACUUUUUACACUUUUUUCUUAUAGAACUGGUUUAUAAAUAAACUUUAUCAUGUUUUGUACUUUUUUAUUUAGUUACAAAGUCAUUUAUAACACUGAAAUGUUAGAAUUUUAUGUCCCCAAAUUUGUGUUUAAUCAUUGUCUUAGUCCAUAACUGAUCAAAAUGAUAUGGUUUAACCUGCAUUAAAAAAUAUAUUAUAUAUACAUAUAUAUUUAAAAAUUUUAAAAUUGCAGGCCUUAAAUAUAAAUCAAAAAAUACUUUUUAUUUAUUUAAAUCAAUGAUUUAUCAAAUUUUUUGUAUAUAAAACUGUGAUUUGUUGACCUGUGACAAAUAUAAAGUUUGGCUGUGUUAUGUUUUUAUGGAUUUAAAAUUAUUAAAUAUAUUAUUAUUAUUAUUAUUAUUAUUAUUAUUAAUUAUUAUUAUUAUUUUCUUUUUUUCUAAGGAAAUGGCUUUUUUCAUUUUUGUAAAAUUAUUAAAGCAGCCAUAGUUUCAAAAAUAGACAUACCAAAUAUUAUUAAAUUUUCAUAAUUGCUAUUUAAAUUUUGUUUUACUAAUAUUCAUACAAGCGUGUGAUUUAAAAAUCAUGUCAUCAUAUCCUAAUUGAUGUCUAGUAAAGAAAAUUCUGUAACCAGUUGUUAAAAAGUUGUAACAGACUACUACUCAUGUGUUAAAUAAAACAAAAAAUACACUUUUAAUAUAUUA